UGUACACGGAAGAUAAGUCCCCUUCGCGCGGUUUAUUUCCUUCUUCUCCAAAAUAUACAACAACAUCACCAGCACACAACGGUCCAGAAAGAUGCUUGCCCUUUUCCUCGUUGAGUCCACGACACGGUCUCUUGGAUUCCUCUUCUUCAGCGAGUGGAGAUUUCCAGCAUCCCGCUAUUUUAAGGCUUGUUCUUCUGCAGGUAGUUACAGAGGUUGUUUCAUGGAUCGCCUCGUUCAUAGUCAAAUGUUGUCAGCUUCUAACUGUUAGAGGUUUGAUGGAUCGCCUCGUUCAUAGUCAAAUGUUGUCAGCUUCUAACUGUUAGAGGUUUGAUGGAUCGCCUCGUUCAUAGUCAAAUGUUGUGAUCCUUCAACUUUCCUUUUCUUUGUAGUGAUAAUAGGUGUAGAAGAUGAAGAUGAUGAUGAAGUACAAAAGUGCGAGUCGUGCUUCUUCAUGCCUUCUAUAUAAUAUGGAUUAGCGUGCUUUGUAUGCUUCUGGUAUAAUUUGGUAACUUGAAGUGGAUCACGAGGAUUCUCUUCUUGUUUUCCUCAUGAUCAAAAUCAGAUUACCAAAUGCCAGAACCAUUCAGCAGCGUUUUCAUCGUCGUCAAAUAAAAAGAGUGGUACAAGUUAUUGUUCUACAAGAACUAGAGUGCGCAGGAGCUUCUAAUCGUAGCGGGAGCUGCCGUGAAUGCGGGACCCAGUCGGCAGAUGCAAGCAUUGAUGGAAGCUCAGGAUCGAGCCCAGCGAAAAUUCGUAGAGGAGUUUUCUUGUGCGUGGUAUAAGGAGGCGAAUGUACUCCACCCGCCGCCAGUUUGCGACUUGGAUAGCACUGAGGCCACUCUUCUAGCAGCGCCAGGAUACAAAAAAAGACGUUGCGAGACCCCUCAAAUCUGAAAUCUGAGCGAGCAGCUAGCAUUAAGGAUAGCGCCAACCUUCCACUUUUUACGCCAUCAACUUCUUCUGCUUGUCCAUCCUAAAGCGGGGGCAAAGAAUAAAAG